GGACGGUGGUAUCGGUACGUGUUGACUGAUCUUGCAGACCCGAGAACAAACCACUGGCCUCUAAUCAGUGGUUUAGUGCCACUAGUAGCAAUCCUUAUAAUAUGGGUUAGUUUUGUUUUGUCAUGGGGCCCAAGACUGAUGGCCAACCGGAAGCCUUUUCAACUGCAAAAAUUGAUGGUUGUCUAUAAUGCGGUUCAAGUGAUGAUUAGUUUCGCACUAGUUUUGCCGGCAAUCAACUACUGCUACGUCUUUGGAACAUAUAGUCUUACAUGUGAGCCAGUUGAUAGGUCACGGAGUCCGAUUGCCAUGAAAAUUGCCCGCAGUGUUUAUUGGUAUUACCUUGCAAAGCUCACCGAGCUGCUCGAUACAGUGUUUUUCGUGUUGCGUAAAAAGGACAAUCAAGUCUCUUUUUUGCACAUUGUACAUCACGGAGGCAUGCCUAUUUUUGCAUGGUACGUUACAAAAUACAUACCGGGCGGCCAAAUUAUGCUCACAGGAGCCCUUAAUUCGGUAGUCCAUGUCAUUAUGUACACAUAUUACAUGAUUGCCGCAAUGGGUCCAAAAUAUCAAAAGUACUUGUGGUGGAAAAAAUAUAUUACGACAAUUCAAUUGAUUCAGUUCGUUAUGGCCGCCAUCCACUUUUCUUUAAUUUUUGUAUUCGAUUGUGGCUUUCCAAGGUACGUCGGACUCGUAGCAUUACCAAAUGCUUUCUUUAUGUUCGACAUGUUCAGUGAUUUCUACAAAGCAGCAUACAAACAGAAAAUGAAAAAUAAAUUAGAUGUGAAUGGUAAUCAACUUACCAAAGAAUUGAACCAGGAAACUGAGAAAAUGAAGGUUCAUUAGAGGCAAAAUUUUAGUGAUGAGUUAAAUUUUUAGUUUUUUAAAAUAAGUUUGUUAACUUUUAAGCUUAAAGCCGUUCCAA